AGGCAUUUAAACUCUGGAACCCACAUGGACUCUACACCCUCAAUGGAGACUCACGCCGCUCAGGACGACAUCGCACAACUGCGACAAGAGGCAGACGAUAUCGACAAGGAAAUCGAGCGCCUCGAAGCCGAGCUGGCCCGCCUCGAAGCCCAGCGCAAAACCAUUCAGGGGAAGCUCUCCUGCAUCGUCUAUCCUGUCAAUACCCUCCCUCCCGAGGUGCUCUGCCACAUAUUCGCGGCGGCGGCAUCAUUGUCACCGCUGAAGGAGGUCAACUCUGUGCUUCUCAGCAUUACCGGUGUCUGCCAGCGCUGGCGAGACGUUGCCAUCUCCGAACCGGUUAUUUGGACAAGAUUGUGCUAUGUGCUUGACAACCAUGACCAGGACCGCCUAUUUUACCGCUUCCUGGAGCGCAGUAACGGCCUGCCGAUAACCCUUGCGCUUGACCCACGGGACCGUCUCUCGUUGCCACCGACUUUUUUCAGAUCGUGUUCUCAGUGGAAAGAAGCCGAUAUCUCCUUCCCCGGGGGAUUCUUGUUCAACUUUCUUGCCCCAGGAUCCUCCCUGAUCCUUCCCCAUCUCGAAAAACUGACUGUAGUGAAAAACUGGGGGUCCGAAUCGCAGCAUUCAUUGUUCUCUAACGCACCGCGGCUCUGCGAUGUCUCCAUCGCCUAUCCAAACCUCCUUCUCCAGCUCGGUUUCCCCCUCCAACAGCUGCGCAAGUUAACUCUCCUGGAACAUAAGCGUAUCUUGCUGCACGACCUUCUCGCGCUGCUCCCGCAUCUGCAUGCGGUCGAAGACCUGUCCAUCGGCCCCAUUGCUCGUUUCGGCACAGAUAUCACUCGCGAUAAGUUGGACAUACAGUCCCUGUCCAUAUUGUCGCUCCGCGGGAAGGGCAGCAGCCUUAUUCUGGCGCACACACACCUGCCGCACUUGGCAACGCUCAGUAUCUCUACCUUUGAAGACACUGACGCAGAAGUACUCGUUCGCCCCGGCAUCCUCCGCUCUUUGUCCAAUUUGGCAACACUGUCUGUCUACCUCACUUACCCCAAGGAUCUGUCCUUCCUCGCGCUCUUGCGCGCCCCCCGACCUCGAUACGCUCGCGGUCGAGCAUCUGAUUGUGACACUGGCCAAUAUGUCCUCCCAGACCAAACAGGAGGUCGUCGCCGCCUUUUCCCGCCACGACCUUCUCCCCGACCUCGUGUCCUUGACGCUGAUCAUUCCCAUAGCUGUGCCCUCUAG